UUGGCUUGUUAAAAUGGAUCUAAUAUGGGGUUUUGUGUGUCCGCGCCUUUCCUUAUAGCGCCUUAACCAGUCCAUUCCCGAUAAAUUGAAUUCAUUGGACCAAAUAUGCUGACAAGUUAUACCUAGCGAUAGUCAUGCAGAUAAAUUAGCUGCAAUUAUUUUGGAGUAUCUGCGUGCGGUAAAUCUAUGCAUUACUGUGGGCUCAAGUUCCGUGGAAUUUCACGCGGCAUCUUAUGCUACUCUGUAAUCGCGGCGUGUACCCGCCUGCAGCACUGGAAAUCAUUGUGUGUGUGGGAGAGCACCAUUCGUAUUCGCCGCUAUCCCCUAUGCUGCUCGAGCCCUGGGCUCCAUGCCCUACAUUGAUUGACAGGAGGGAUUCGAUAAUACGUAGCCGAGCAGCCAAGCUCUAGAGUCCCUGAGCUUUUCAAGAACUUGUCCAAGAUCGGCUGUCAAGAAUCAUGGACUGUUUUCAUCUGCCUUGUUUUCUAGACACCAUGAUUCCUGGUAACCGAAUGCUGAUGGUAAUUUUAUUAUGCCAAGUCUUACUGGGAGGUAAUGCUAGUCUGAUACCAGAGGAAGGGAGGAAAAAGUUCGCUGAGCAAAACCAGGCGGGUGGACGUCGCUCUCCGCAAAACCAUGAACUGCUACGCGAAUUCGAGGCCACUUUACUCAACAUGUUCGGACUGCAACGGCGUCCACAGCCCAGCAAAUCAGCCGUCGUCCCCCAGUACAUGCUGGAUCUUUACAGGCUGCAGUCCGGAGACGAGGUCACCCACGACAUUAACUUCGAAUACCCUGAGAGAUCUACGAGCCGGGCCAACACCGUGAGGAGCUUUCACCAUGAAGAACACUUGGAGCUGAUGCCAGGGCAGAGGGAAGACUCGCAACUCCGUUUUGUGUUUAAUAUCAGCGUGGUGCCCGAGAACGAGGUUCUCUCUUCUGCAGAACUAAGGCUGUACCGAGAGCAGAUCGACAGCGUUUGGAACUGGAAGGACGGAUUCCAUCGCAUCAACGUUUAUGAGAUUAUGAGAGCCCCCAGCGAGAAGGGCGACCUCAUCACCAGGCUCUUAGAUACCAGGCUGGUUCACCAGAACAGGACACGGUGGGAGAGCUUUGACGUGAGCCCGGCCGUGCUGAGAUGGACCAUGCAAAAGCAACCCAACCACGGUCUGGUGGUCGAGGUGAUCCACCUGAACGAGACGAAAAGCCGGCAAAGCACGCACGUAAGGAUUAGCAGGUCGCUGCACCAAAGGCACGGCGAUUGGUCCCAGCUCAGACCCUUGCUUGUAACUUUCAGCCACGAUGGCAAAGGACACGCUCUAACCCGGAGGGUGAAACGGAGCAGCAAAGGCCAGAGGCGCAAGAAAAACAAAUCGCACUGCAGGAGGCACUCUCUCUACGUGGAUUUCAGCGAUGUGGGCUGGAAUGACUGGAUAGUGGCACCGCCUGGUUACCAAGCUUUUUACUGUCACGGGGACUGCCCCUUCCCACUGGCAGAUCAUCUAAACUCAACGAAUCACGCCAUCGUGCAAACGCUUGUCAACUCUGUAAAUUCCAACAUCCCCAAAGCUUGCUGUGUCCCGACAGAACUCAGUCCCAUCUCAAUGCUUUACUUGGACGAGUAUGACAAAGUUGUUCUGAAAAACUAUCAGGAGAUGGUUGUGGAGGGAUGUGGGUGUCGCUGAGAAAUACAAUGAGAAUUGACUUUUUUUUUAUAUAUAUGAUGUCUGGACACUAUCCGUAACAGGCGUUCACCAUUACAUUAUUUAUGACUUAUGUGCAAAUGUUGACCAUAUGAUCAUAUAUUUUGACAAAAUAUAUUUAUAACUACAUAUAAAAGGAAAAUAAAAAUGAGUCAUAUUUUAAACGUAAAAUAAAUUUCUGUACAACGUCUUUGUUAACUGUAUAUUAGAAUGUAUAUGUUUAAAUUGGAAUAUAGAAAAAAUGUUCAUAAAUGUUCAUUAAGUGUAUUAUUUAUUAUUUUUCACCUUUUUCAGAGUUGAAUUCAGUGUGUAAGUGUAUGCAGAUUUAGAAAUCUAAGCUGAAGUACUUAAUGAGUCCCCCCUUUUUCUCUUAAAGGAAGCGCUUUAAGCGUUUGUCGUUCUUUUGUUGAGAAGCUGAUUUGUAAAAGGUGUGAACGGAGGUUUAACAUACAUGAAAAAAUGUCAACAGAUCCAGUUCUUGUGCUAAUAGAUGUAAAUAGGUGACUUCUGUUCACUGGGAAGCUGUUGAACAGUGAAUAACUCGAGAGAGGAGGAUGGCCUUGAAAAAGGACGUGGAUAAAUAUCACCUCCAAACGACUUGAUCUGCUUUACUGUUUUCAUACCUGUUUGUCAUUCAUUUCAUUGGCAGUUUGGACCCUGUGGCAGGAAUACUUUAAAACAGAUCAGAAAGCGCAACGCCACACCAUACAUCAGAAUCCUGUUAAAAGUGACCGCUCUUGUACCUAAACUAACAUUAAACCGAAUUUCCCCCGUGAUUAGACGUUAAUUUGCUGAAAUCCAUUUUCAGUGAUAGUAUACUUGUCACCAGGGGUUACUGUAUUACGAUUUUUAUCCUUUCAUCUGUCCUCCCCUUCCCCACCCCCACCACCCUCCAACUGUAAGAGGUUUUGCCUCCGAGCAAAUCAUUGUCAAACGAAUAUUAGGAAGGUAGCGAGAGGGUUAGCAGAUGUUAAUCAAGGCUGCAUGUAGCCUUAAUUUUUUGGAGAUGUUGAAAUGCAGACUGCUUAGGCCCAAAAGGGACCUAGCAGCCUUUAAAACUCAAAAAAGAGAACUCCAAGAGUUGCCUAAGCCUGCGCUCCCUGGAGUGUGCAGGUGGAGAGAGCAGAUCAGACCCUCAGGCAAAGGCAUCCAUGCUCCGCAAUUUACUCACGGCCCUGUUAGUUUUCAACUGUGGCCAACUUGAAUACAUCUUUAAAAAGGAUUUGAUGAUUGCAUUCCCUCAGGAAACAUUUGUUUUCGUUCCACAUCAUAUCUCCUAAACUGUAUACCAUGGCGGAGGGGGGGGGGGGGGCGGUGUGGAAUCGACUUUCAAGUUUGAAAUGUUUCGGAACUUAUUUUAGCCGUUAACUAGUCUGCUUCUGCCUUGGGUCUCUACACAAGUGACUUUGUUCGGUUUUUUUCUAAUGAAGUAGUCUAUAAUUGUACGUCAAGUUUAUUCCUUUACACUGUUUUGUUACGUGGCACCAGAAUUAUACGUGGACUUUAAAAAAAAUGUAAUUUUAACAUUUGCGAUUCUUAUACAUUUUACCGUAGCUUUUAAAAGGAAUUCAAAUGUUAGCCUUUGUUUGAUUUAAAUGCCGAGUUGGUUUGGUCAAGUAGACGCUUGCAGUCUGAGAUUGGUGCUGUAUAAAAAUACCAUUCGGCGGAAAGACGCCUUCUCUUAUGUUGAAAUGUUGCCUGGUUUUUACCUUCAAAGUUUGUGUGUGGUCUGGCCGUGCUUUUAAAUAUGAAUUAUAAAUAUUUAAUAACAGCUAGUGAACAGGCUAAUCAUUUAUGGUUGCGGAUGAACGGUUCUGGAAUGUCUGCUUCCAAGGACAGUGCCCUACUUAAAUGCCAGGUUGCAAAUUUUCAAUUUAAAUCCAAAAACGUGAUUUAAGUCAUUUUGCAGGCCUGCUACUGUUGCAGGUCUAGCCCCGUGAUGCUGGAGAGUACAUUUUACUUCCUAACGUUUCUGUCGAGAGUAAAAUUCCAGCAGCGAAAUUAUUUUCUCUGGAUUUGGAAAACGAAUGGAGGUGGGAGUUAAUUCCUACGUCAAACUCAGUUGCAAUUGGAUUUGAUAGAAGCGUUUUCAACUUUUUUCUUUCACUUGUGAUGACGACCUCCAGACAUGGCCCCAUUCCUUUGGUGCCCCCGCUCCAUAUUUAUAUGUGUAUAUACAAAUGAUAUACACAUCAUCAUCUCGAAAACAAUCCAGAAGGUGCCGCUUCACUGACUAAGAGCAGCGAGAACACCCAUCCUGUCACAGCUGCUGCAGCUGCAAAGUCAGGAACGCCUCUCCCAAGAUGUGAGCCUCCUGUUAUAGUCCCAGUACCGGAGCGCCACUCAAACAAACUGAAAUCCAUAUUGCCCAUCAUCUCUAACUGCCCGCGUCUGAUGCCGGCGCACAGCUUACAGUGGCUGUACUUCAAAACCGGCCGGAAAGGAAAUCACUCCUACGAAUUCUCCCUUCUGCCCAACAAUCGUUUUACUAUCUCUUCCAAAGGCCCGAGGCGGCGACCUGCUGCUUUCUCUUUGACGCCUGCAUAUCAGGCAUAGCCAUGCCGAGGAAAGAAUUUCAUUUUGAAGUGGCAAUAAGCUGAAGGGGAGUGCUUUUCAGCCGUUUGACAGUGCAAUUACACACAUUUCAACUGAUACGCUUCAUUCAGAUAACAUCGCCCUGCCAUUACAAAAUCUGGAAUGGUAAUUGUCUGGUAGCUCAUUACCCCAACACUCAAUUCUCCGAGCUACAUGAAAAACAAGCACACAUUUAUUAAAACGCUUCAGGAAAUGAAGCGACAGCCUUCCUGCAUAUGUGCAUACCUCUCUAGACUUCUUAGCGCCAUAAGCAAACGUUUGAAGCUAUUAACUGAUUGUAACAUUACACUUUUGGUAUUUCAGCUUUAGCCUUCGUUAAAAUAUAUCUGCACGAGUCUCAUUCUCUUCAAGUCUUGCCUACAGAGCCAUGUACACCAAAAUCAAAUCAUUAUUUUGUUAAUCAUUUCAGUUUCAAAAUCGUUCCUUUGUUCCAAUUUGAUUCCAUUCAACAGGCUCCAACAUGUAGAAAGCUGGUUCUUUUCAAACCUGCUAUAAACCGGCACAGUAGACUUUUGCAGAAAAUAUUUGUUUUAUAGCAUGUUAAAUGCACAAUUUUGUAUUGCAAGGACGCAUUGAAAUUAAGCUUAUUUUUCCUGUGACUUCCAUCACGUAUAAUUUAAUUUGCAUAAUUAAUGAACAAUAAACAACAAAUCGCUUUCGUGUAAUUUAAUGUGGAAGCAAUUCCGAAAUUGGAACUUCAUUUAAACACAAACAAGAGCACCCUUGUUAAACUGCUACACUUCCAAUAAAGAAUUCAUGAGCUGCAUUGAAGCAGAGAAACUCCUAACUCACUUGUAUUCCCUUCUGUGCUGUCGGUGUAGCUCAAGGGAAGAAUUCAAUCAAAUGAUUUAAUCUGCACUAUUCUUUAUUUCAUCUUAAUACAAAUAGACAUGAGUUGGGUUUGAGUUUAGAUCGAGAGGUGGUGAUAAUGAAGGUGAAAGAAACGGCGCAGUAGAAUUCUGCACAUGAAAUUAAAGAUACGUUUUAUAUAAAUGUUAAAGAUGAGAAGUCUGGUUAAUGAAUGCAUUCAAAUAUCACCAAUUCUGUUUAAUUCAUCCUUUGUAAAAUUAUAUUCCCACUAUAAAUUUGUCUUCUGUUUCCUUUGCUUAGCAUCAGGUCUUAAGGUUUUAUUUUUAAGGUUUGCAGGGUGCAUUAGUGCAACUUUAGAGUCAGCACUAGAUGUCACCAGGUCAUGUUAGGUCUGGUAUUUAACUCCAAUGUGAUAUCAAGCCAGGAGUAAAAACUGUCCCAGUGGUACCAUGAAUCUCCAGGACACAUUUCAAAUCUACCUGCAGUAAUUUAAAUGACUGGGUGAUACUGACACCUCAACUUUCCCCUUCUAACUGCUUUAUGUUUUAAUUAUCAGGGACGAGCCCUGCACAUGCUUAUAACCACACAUUUACCAGAUUUCUCAUGGGCUGAAUGAUUGGAGUUCUAGCCACGUGGUAUACUACAACUUGUACAGAUUUGAGACUGACAGUUGCAUUGAGAUGGCAGUGUAAGAUGCAAAAGUAAUCAUAAUUAUUCAUGAACAUAUUAUUCUCAUUAUCUGGAGGCAGCUGUAUGGACAGAGCAUCGUUCAACUCAGUUUUCAUCAGCCUUCAGUGUAGUACAUCCUCUGUCAUGAUUUGAUCAAAUUCUAUACCGUAUUAAUUUGUUAGCACUUUGCUUUUGUGACAACUUACAAAAUGUUAAGAUAAUUUCCAGUGAUAUCUCAUGAAGCACCAAUGAUACAAACAUUAUAGACCAAAAAUGAAUAACACAGUGCCUAUAAAAUGUUUACCUUUGUUAGUUGUUAUUUAAAAAUCUCUAGUUUGCUGAAUCCAAAUCCACAUGAUUGAUUAUAAAUGCCUGCAAUUAUUCAUUUUGGUAAAAAAUGGAUUAGGCAAGUAUGUGUGAGUUGAUGACAUGCAUAUUUAUGAGUCAGUAAAUAAAUGAGCCAUUUUAAAGAAAAUAA